AUAUCAAGGGAAGACAAACUUCCCAUCAAUCGAAGUUUGCCUUGAAAGAUUAGAAAUGUCGAAGAACAUGACUGUUGUGACGCCACGUCGGAGGCCUUUCUGCCAAGUCAUUGAUGGUGUCAAGCGUUGCCCGCUGAUCUCCAGAGAACGACUUAACGACAUUAUGAAAUUCGUACCUCAGAAAGGUGACGUACUGCAGGUCGCAUACCCAAAGACAGGGUCUCAUUGGAUUCAGUUCACUGUGCAAACCAUCAUACAUGGAGGAGAAGCAGUUGAGAGUUACGAUGACUUUACGACAGUGACUUGCUUUCUCGACUACAUCGGUUUAAAGGAUUGGGAACGUCCUUCUUCAACACCAUUGGGCUUGUACAUGUCGCAUGUGCUCCCCCCGUUAAAGAACUUCAAUCCAGAAGCAAAAUAUAUUUACAUAACUCGCAAUCCAUGGGACUGCUGUGUCUCCUUUUACCACAUGGUGAAGGAGCUUGACAUCUACUCUUUCAAAAAUGGAUCAUUUGAUGAUUUCUUUGAGUGUUUCAUUGAAGGAGAUUUCGGCUAUGGCGAUUACUUCGAGCACUUACUGUACGGAUACGAACUGAAAGAUAAGCCCAACGUUCUUUUUCUCACCUACGAAGAAAUGAAGAGAGAUACCCGUGGCACAGUGUUGAGAAUUGCACGUUUCCUUGGAAAGCACUACGCCAAAGAGUUGGAAGAGAACACGCAACUACUAGAAGAUUUGCUCAGCAAGCUAACUGUGGAACAUACAAGGCGGAUCUUGGUGCUCAACCUGGCUGGUCACAAGAACCCAAAGAUCGAUGCAAAGAUGAAGGAACGGAAUGUGACGGCGUACGAGGGCUUUGAGGGGUGUUCCACUAUGCUGCCGUUUGUGAGAAAGGGGGAAAUUGGUGGCUGGAAAGACUACUUCAACUCGGAUCUUCUACAGCGCAUGGAGGAGACAAUUGUGAGCAAAACUUCUAGCUCGGACGUGAUGAACAUCUGGGCGGACAUACGCGAAGAAGCACGCCGCCUGUCCAAUGAAUGACAAUGUGCUCACUCCAUAUACGAGGGUCAAAACAAACUAUAUAAGAUGUGUGCCUCAGUAUUGGAUAAACAUAAGGACGAAGGCUGUCUCGCAGCAACUGAAUUUCUUUGAACUGUCGCACCCUACUGCAAGCUCAGCGCCAUCAAGAAAACAAAAUCCAGUAUCAUGCUGGGUUAUGUGUCUGUUAUCGCGCUGAAGAUCUGAGAAGCUUGAGCGGCCUUUUAUUGGGAGUCACUGAGAACACCUACGCUAAACGACUCAACAUUAUUAUAAAGGAGAUGUCAACUUCCAUAAAUAAAUAUAUUACUAAAAAGUGAAAUGAAAUGCAAUAAUAAAACAUCUCUUGAAAAAAAA